UUGGCGGCUGCAGUUAUCUGUUCUAGCGAGGGAGGGUGUGUGAUUCCACGGCGGUCCACUCUCGCGAGGUGAGCUCGGUAGCUUUCUAGCCAUUUAAUAACUGGAAUCUCCCCUGCCUGGUUAUUUCUCAAUGUAUGAUAUCUACGAACGUAGUACUACUACCAGAGGGACCGGCGAACGACGGAGAUGCUGCGAGACAAAUGUGGAUAUAUUUUACCGACACCGUAAGGGGAGGGAAACAUGUAACCGCGCUUUCGGAGUGGCACCUGACUCUACAAGCGCCGGAGCAGCAUAUCGUCGCAUUUUAUUCCGUUAUAGUUGUACAUUUUGAUGAAUAAACACUAAAAGUGUUUCCUUUUGGAUAAGCGACUCCCCUCUUUACGAAAAUGAGCGAGGAGGUAUCAGACCUUCCCAAAGAACUGCUUGACAGUGUCAAGGAUGCUGUGGGCAGAAAGAUCAAGCUGUCUGUCAAGAAGAGGGUCAAACUGGAGAGCAAAGGGGACAAGAUGGACAACAGAGUCCUGGCUCUGGCGUCUCAUCGAGCUUACCUCCUGACUGCACGCAUCCCUACCAAGAUUGAGCAGAGCUUCAAUUACCUGGAGAUUCAGGGAAUCUCCUGUAACAAGCCCACACAGCUGGUGGUGGAGCAUGAGCGGGGGGUCCUCUCCCUCAAGAUGGUGUCCACGGAGGAGGUCAAUGAGGUGGUGGCCCACAUAGGCAGCUGCCUGCAGAGGAUAUGUCCUGGCUUGUCCCCUGUUAAGGUGAUGAAGAAGCUGACCAUGGAACCCUCAGAGAGGAUCUCCGGCCUGCAAGCCCUCUGGGAGACCCAGAAACUGGCCGACCCUGGACCCUGCGGUGGCUUCUCCCAGAUGUACAGGUGUGUGUGUGACUGGUUGGGACUGCCUUACAAGGAGGAAGUGCAGUGGGAUGUGGACACCAUUUAUCUGACUCAGGACACGAGGGAACUGAACCUUCAGGACUUUAGUCAUCUGGAAAAUAGGGACUUGGUGGCUAUUAUCGCAGUGCUGGAGUAUAACCAGUGGUUCACAAAGCUGUCCACCAAGGAUUCCAAACUGUCGGCAGACGUGUGUGACCAGAUCCUGAAGGUGGUGGCACGAUCCAGUCGUCUGGAGGACUUGGUUCUGGACAACGCAGGACUGAAAACGGAUUUUGCUCAGAAGCUGGCUGGUGCUUUGGCCUACAACCCUGUCUCAGGUCUGCAAACUCUAAGCCUGGCCAACAACCCCCUGGAGGACAGAGGUAUCUCCUCCUUGGGAGCACAGUUUGCUAAACUUCGUAAGGGGCUCAAGCAUUUGAACUUCUCCAAAACGUCAUUGUCACCCAAAGGCGUAAACAGCCUCGCCCAGUCACUGAGUGCCAACCCUCACAUCUCCAGCAGCCUCAUCCACCUCGACCUCUCAGGAAACACCUUCCGCGGCGACGACAUGCAGAAUUUCUACAAUUUCCUGGCCCAACCCAACAGCCUGAUGACCCUUGACCUGUCCAACACUGACUGCUCAUUGGACCAGGUGUGUUCAGCUCUGCUCAGAGGGUCCACCCCGCAUCUCUCCAUCCUCAACGUGUCAAAAAGUGUCUUCCCCCACAGGAAGGGCAAAGACGUGCCUCCCUCCUUCAAGCACUUCUUCAGCAGUGCCAUGGCUCUCAGCUGCAUCAGCCUAUCAGGAACCAAGCUGCCCCCGGAGGCCUUGAAGGCUCUUCUGCUAGGACUGGCCAGUAACCCCAACUUAAAGGAAGUGACUUUAGACAUCAGCUGCUGUGAGCUGCGGUCUGGAGGCUCUCAGAUCAUGGAGGGCUGCAUUGCUGAGAUCCCCAACAUCUCCAGCCUAGACAUCUCAGACAACGGCCUGGACUCGGACCUGUCCACUCUGCUGGUGUGGCUGGCCAAGAACCGCUCCAUCCGACACCUCGCCCUGGGCAAGAACUUCAACAACAUCAAGUCCAAGAACCUGGCUCCUGUGUUGGACAAUCUGGUCCACAUGAUACAGGAGGAGGAGUCGCCCCUGACCUCCCUGUCCCUGGCCGAUUCCAAGCUGAAGACAGACCUGACCAUUGUGCUCAACGCCCUGGGCAGCAACAGCAGCCUGACCAAGCUGGACAUCAGUGGCAACGCCAUGGGAGACAUGGGGGCCAAGAUGCUGGCCAAGGCCCUUCAGAUCAACACCAAGCUCAGGACGGUCAUCUGGGACAAGAACAACAGUAGCCCUCAGGGCCUGCAGGACGUAGCAGCAGCCUUGGAGAAGAACUACACCCUCCGCUUCAUGCCUAUACCCAUCGUGGAUGCCUCCCAGGCCCUGAAGACCAGCCCCGAGAAGACGGAGGAUGCACUGCUGAAGAUAGAGCACUGCCUGUACAGGAACCACGAGACCAGGAAGUACCAGCAAGAACAGGCCUAUCGGCUGCAGCAGGGCAUCGUUACGACGACCACCCAGCAGAUGAUUGACAGGAUCUGUGUGAAGGUCCAGGACCACCUGAACUCUCUGAGGAACUCGGAGACGGACGCCAUCUUGGAGGACGUCAAGGUGGCAGAGAACCUCAUGAAGGAUGCCAGGAACUCCAAGACGCUGCUGCCCAACCUCUACCACCUGGGCGUGGCCUCCAGGGAGGAGGUCAACGGAGCCUCCGUCGGACCAAUCCAGGAGAAGCUGGAGUCCAUGGCAGGAGAGGUCGCCAGGGUCAUGGACGAACAGCUCCAGAGCCUGCUGGAGUCCAUGGUGGACGCGGCCGAGGGCCUCUGCCCCCACGUGAUGAGGAGGGCCGACCUGAGGCAGGACCUGAUCACAGCCAGCACCGCCAAGAUGGUGGUCCCUCGCAGCUUCGUCAGGGACACCCUGCUGGAGCAGUCCGGCGUUGACAUCAUCAACAAGAUCAGCGAGGUGAAGCUGAGUCUAGCUUCCUUCUUGUCAGACCGCAUCGUGGAUGAGAUCCUGGAAGCACUUUCUGGCUCCCAGCACACACUGGCGGAUCACCUGGUCCUGCGAGGCCAGCCCCUGGUCAAGCAGGGCUCUGUGGACCUGGAGGUGCCCGAGGAGAGAGUUCCCAAACGGGGCUCCACAGAGCUGCUGGAGGCGGAGAGGCUGGACGACCUGGAGACCUGCAUGAUGACACCCAAGUCCAAAAGGAAAAGCAUUCACAGCCGAAUGCUCCGACCGGUGUCUCGUGCCUUCGAGAUGGAGUUUGACCUGGACAAGGCCCUGGAGGAUGUUCCUGUGCAUGUGGAGGACCCGCCCGCCUCUGUGGCCCCGCCCAGGCAGGAGAAGAGGAAGUCAGGGGCGUCGGCCUCUGUGACGGAGCUGCCCUCUGAGGAGAGCAAGAAGCUGCAGCACUUUACCAAACUGAGGCCUCGCAGGAACAAGAACAAGACCACACAGUCUAGCAAGAGCCCUCAAAUCACCAGCACCCCAUCACAGGACGGGGAGCAGAACGGCCUCAUGGGAAGGGUCGACGAGGGCGUGGAGGAAUUCUUCUCCAAGAAGGUCACCAAAAUGGACUCCAAGCGCUCCCUGAAGAACCAGGACUCUCAGGAUGGGGAGAAGAAAAAGAAAGGUGGCUUCCUCAACCUUAUCAAGUCCCGCUCCUCCAAGUCCGACAAGAACCAGGCCUCAGCCCCAACUUCUGUCCCAGCCCCCUCCCCAGCCCCAGCCCCUGUGACUGCAGUACCAGAAGAGCCCUCCUCCCCUCGGGGGGUGCUAAAGAGCCCGACACCUGACCUGCCCAAGCCUAAGGAGAGUAGGGGGGACACCAAGGUGGAGAGUAAACAGGAGAGCAGGGUGGAGGGCAGAGGUGGGGGCAGGGGGGAGAGCAGGGAUGAGGGUAAGGGGGAGGGCAGUAGCCAGCCCACGGACUGCAGCAGCAGCUCUGACCGCUCGGAGGAGCUGCGGACGCCCGACUCCAUGGAUGAGCCCUGGGAGGGGGGCGAGGGGCGGGGCAGCCCCCAGGGAGGCCGGCGCUACGGGGUGCAGGUGAUGGGCAGUGGCCUGCUGGCAGAGAUGAAGGCCAAGCAGGAGAGGAGAGCUGCAGGGUCACACAAGGGUCAGGACCAGCCAGCCGGCCCAGACAGCAGUGGGACAGCUAAGCCCCCCCCACCAGAGAGCAGGUCUCCCAGUGGCUCCAUCAGGACAGAGGCGAGGGUGUCCCCUGAGAGGCCUCCCACGCGUGGGGCCGAUGCCCGUCCAGAGGCAGCCUCCAGAGUCCGGAGCCCCUCCUCCAUGACGGGCCAUGCCAGCCCCAAACCCCCGCCCCCCCAGGGGGCCAAGCCCAGCCUGGCUGCCCGGCCCUCCAUCCCCCAGAAACCCCGCACCAGCAGCUCUAGGAGCAUAGACGAGUCCUCUGGCCUCAAGAGGGCGCCGUCAGAGAAGGAGGGUCCGUGCAGCCCUCUCCUGGGUAGCUCGGCGAGUAAGACCAGCCCAGCAAAAGAAGUAGACCAGGUGGGAGACACUAGCGUAUUUGAUUCCGACCAGGAAGUGGAGCUACCUGUGGCCAGGGUCCGACACUCCCCACAAUCAUCCUGCAGCACUGCCUCCGCAGAGGAAGUGGGCGAGCAUGAGAGCAGGAAGUCCCUCCCCCGGCCUGGGAGGUCAGCCAGUGUGUCUGACCCAGCCCAGCGGUCCAGCCCCAGCCGCACCACCUCCAAUGACCACAAGACCACAGAACUCUCCCCCAAGCCUGACCGGAAGGACCGGGGUCCGGGGAGGAAGACCUCCGACUCCGGGGAAGAAGCAGACAAAGACUUUAUUUUCAUAUGAGACAACUUACUGUUCGGGGAUUGACCAGUCCUCUGCACCUUAUAGAAAUACAAGUUCUUUGAAAGGCCAUUUCCAUGCAAGUGAAUUCAAGGACAAAAGGUUCAUUCAGAGAGUUGUAUUUCUAUGCAUGGGACUAGAGUAGUUUUCUGACGGUCGUCUCAACCUGCAAUCAGGAAAACCUAAGCCUAACCUAAGCCUCUUUCAGCCUCUGUAGCCUCACCCCCAGCCUCUGUAGCCUCAGCCCCAGGCUCUGUUGACCUGGGCCAAUUAGAGAAGUAAAUGACCAGAAAGCAUGUAUUUUCUAUUUGUGAUUGAGGUGCUUUUGAUUGGCCUCUCAGUUGGCACUUAUUGUACCAAUCCACUGGUGUCACGGCAGUGGGUGAGACCAAACUGCAUCCGACGUAUUUGACAGUAUUUGCAAAUACAGGCCAACCAUAACCGCUGUACUGCGCUGUGCUUUAACUGUAACGCUGUGUUAGCUCUGAGAGCUGUUUAGGCUCUAUGACCUUUUAAUGCUUCCAAGAAGACUGUGGUACACUUGAAAUAACCCUAUUGAUAACCUAGCUGCAGCACUGUUCUGAUCCUUCCAGUGUGUGCAAUGUUACUGUGGAACAGCAUCCUUGUUAAGGGGAGGACCUCCUCUGAUUACUCAGAUACCUGGCUGUGUGGCUGGAGGGAGGACCUCCUCUGAUUACUCAGAUACCUGGCUGUGUGGCUGGAGGGAGGACCUCCUCUGAUUACUCAGAUACCUGGCUGUGUGGCUGGAGGGAGGACAGACUCUCUAGAUGGACUGAUUCUGUUCCCACUGUUUUUGUUCAGAACUACCUGGAGAACCCGAGUGAAGUAGGUAGCCUAGAGUAUGCCAGCUCCCCACAGGAGCAGCCAGACAUGUCCACAUGCACCUUUCUACUGCUGCUGCACCUUGUCCAAGAUGGUGUCUGUUCGGUUUGUUGUUAGUUUGUUUUUUCACUUCCUUCAGGCAAAAGGUAUUUAUGAUGUCAUGUACUUAAAACAUAUGUUUCCAAUGUUACACAAACUAAUGCUUUGCUCUUCCACUUUAUUUUCUACUCUGUGUAUCUUAACUUGGUUUGGGGUGUAAAAGCAGCUGGCUGUGUUCUGUUUGUCAUAUAAAACAAUGAACUUGUGUUAAAUCUUUGAGAUUAAAAGGAGAACAGCAGCAGGCUCAGUGAAAGCCAUGAUUGUGUGUGGGCUACUUGUGUGUCCAAUAUGCAUGGUGUGUCCAAGGUGUACUGUAUGUAUAUAUGUGCUUUCAUACAUAUGUAUGUGUGUUUCUGUCAUAUGCACGUCUAAUAUAUACAUUAUGUUUAGAAUAAACAUACUGAUAUAUAUGCACACACAUGUGUAUAUGUACACAAAAUCCUAUUUUGAUGAUGGUACUAAGCACACUCAAAAUGUCUGUAUAAUUUAUUGGGUUAAAAACCGUGGCUGAUGGUGUUUGUAUGCCUUUUAUUUUAAAUGUACAUUGUGUUAAUACUACAGAAAGUGGUUGUCUUUUUUGUUGUCAUUAAUCUUAAUACACAAUCAAUUAUUAUUUUCAUUACAAAGAUCAAGCAAAUCUUCGAUCUUUAAUGUGUCAUUUUAAAAAGAAAAACUGUACACGUAUCACUGUUGCUCUUCCUCUCAAUUAUUUUGUUAGGCUGUAUUGUCCAUUUUUUUAAUGCAUAAACACAUUAAUGUUUUACUAAAGCAUUCUACUGUCUGUGGACAUUUCCUUAUGUGAAUAUUUAUACCAAAUAAAAUAAUUUUACAGGCUGCA